ACGUCGCCACGAACUCAGUAGUGUUCGUCGUAAUCUAGACAUUGUCAAAACAUGUUUUGAUUAAUAACUCGGUAUAUAUUCGAAAGAUUGUUUACUACCAUUUAGUCUUAAUUUGCCUCUCGCGAAAUAACCUACUUCUUACUUAAAAGUAUCUGCCUACAAAAAGUGACCUAUACAUAAACUGUGAAAUUGUGAAAGAAAACUAUCUAUUGAACUACUCAUACAGUAAUCAAAUUACGACUUUACCAAAGUUUUGUUCAAGGACGUCAAAACUAUAAGUUUUUAUAUUUACGUGGAACGGAACGCUUUAGGAUUGUUUUGAUUUGCUUCAGUUGGUAGUCUUGAUCGUCCGAUUUGACGUCAUGUCAGUAAACCUGUCAUUGAUUUAUUUAUAUUUGCGAAUUUUCUUAGCUUCGCCAAGGUUUACAUAAAAUUGUACAUUAUCGAGUUGUGCUUUGUCGGAAACACUGGGUGAACGGAGUGAUAUCCUCCUCAAUAUUUACAUUUACUUUGUGAAAUCCAGUGCGACAGAUCAAGCGCUAACAGUCGUCGUGUUGACUAUAUUACAUACGUUAAUUAAAAUCAGUGUAUAUAUUGUUGUGAGUGGUAUCUAAUGAGCGCGCGACAGUUCUAGAAGAGCGGAGUCUGUUUGUUUCGAAGAUGUCGUCUCUGGGCGGUCAGUGGCGCGUGAUCCGGCACUACCUGUCGCUCACGAAUCUGAACGCCGAGGUGGAGAAGCUGGUGCAGCGUAUCAAGCCUGCCACGCCCGAGCAGUGGGACGGUCUAAUCAGACGGUUUGAGAAGGCUGUAUCCGCUCGUAUCGCACCCGCUGCAAAUGUAACAAAGGAAGACAGUACAGUUAAAGCUACUACCAUAGAACACACAGACUCUAAGGCUGUUAGUGAUGUACAGAGUGAGGCUAAGACUGAACAGAAGCCAGCGGCCAACGCGGUGGCUCCUACCCCAGCCCUGGUGUCUGAGACCAAGGAGCUGACAGUGGAGAGCUUGCUGCAGGGUCUGCGGCUCAAGAAGGACACACACCUCGGCAAGAUAUCAGAACCCACAUGGAAGGAGACUCGGCCCACUGUCACCAAGACGUCGAUCCACUCGCGCACGGCGUACGUGGUGGGCGCGGUGGUGGCGGCCGAGACCAGCGCCAGCGUGCUCAGCCGCGCGGAGACGCUCGUCGAACAUCUGCACGCGUACCCGGAGGCCAGGGACUAUGCCAUCAAGGAGGGCGCGGUGCGGGCGCUGCUGCGGGUCCAACACGACCUGGACCACAGCUCGCCGCUAGCCAAGGAUAUCGAGGGCGUCGUCAACGAGGCCCUGGCGCUGGUGGGGUACGUGGCGCCGCCGGGCGGGCCGGGCGCGCGCGUGCUGUCGCUGGACGGCGGCGGCAUCCGCGGCAUCAUCGCCAUCGAGGUGCUGCGCCACCUGGAGCGGCUGACGGGGCGCCGCGUGCACGAGCUGUUCGACUACAUCGUGGGCGUGAGCACGGGCGCCAUCAUCGCGGCCGUCAUCGCCAGCGGCGUGGGCACGCUGGACACGGCCCGCGACAUGUACUACACGCUGUCGCGCGAGAUGUUCGGCAACACCUCGCUGCUGGGCGGCGGCGCGCGCCUCGUCUGGACGCACUCGUACUACGACACCAGCGCCUGGGAGAAGAUGCUGCAGGACAACCUGCGCGACUGCACGCUCACGCAGUGCAACCGCAACAACGCGCCCAAGCUGGCCGUGGGCGUGGUGUCGGUGCGUGGUGAACGCGGGGCAGCCGGGCUGUCGCCCUUCCUGUUCCGCAGCUACGAGGUGGGCUGGCGACGCCGCUCCGUGUUCCCGGGCAGCUCUCGCGCGCGGCUGUGGCACGCCGUGCGGGCCUCGGCCGCCGCGCCCACCUACUUCGCCGAGUUCCGGCUGGACGGGCUGCUGCACCAGGACGGCGGCAUCAUGGUCAACAACCCCACGGGCGUGGGCCUGCACGAGGCGCGCCUGCUGUACGGCGAGCAGGCGGUCCGCCGGGGAGUGGUCCUCAGCGUGGGGACUGGCCGCGCGCUCACCAGCCACACCGACUACCGCCGCCUCGCGAGGGACGCGCCGCAGCCCACCAGCUGGAAGGACAAGUUCAACAAGAUACUCGAUUCCGCCACCGACACUGAGGGUGUGCACCUCGUAAUGAACGACCUCCUACCGGCCGGCAGCUACUACCGCUUCAACCCGCCGCUCAUGGAGGAGUGCGCCAUGGACGAGAUCAACCCGCAGAAACUCGACAACCUAGUUGUCGACACACACGCCUACAUCAGACGCAACCAGCACAAGUUCGAGCAGGCGGCGGCCAUGCUGACGCGGCGGCGCGGGCCGCUGCAGCGCGUGCUGGACGCCGUCACGCACCGCGCGCGCCUCGCCGGACUCACGCAACACGUCUGACCCGCCGCCGCGGGGCGUGAACAGUCAACAAACUGAUACACUCCACUGGGACUACAGAUAUUCCGUCUAGUUGUAACAUACCUGAUAGUAUAGCACGCGGACGACAACGCCCGCGACAGAUUGCUUCGCCUUUUUAAUACAAUUUUAGCAAUAUCUCAUAUUUUAUACUUAUUAUUAUUAAGGUAGGCGUGGGUCCGUCUCUCGCGGGUCCCUGACCUGGCUCUAUGAGAGCUGGAAGUCGUCCGUCGUCGUAGACUAGUCUGCACUCGCAGAUGUGAAAAUGAUAUUAGUGAGUUUCUUGUAAAUGAUUGUUUGGCGCUAAGCGUCCGCUUCCGAUUUACGGAACAUGUUUGUAAAACUCUUCGUGUAACUUGUGCUUAUAAUUGUUUUAUAAACGAUUUUGUAUAGUCUAAUUAUUGUUAUAUUCAUGCAUUUUAUAAAUAUAAAUGUUGUUAGAUAAUUUACGUUAAGCAUCACCCGUAGUGAUCAUUGCAGGCCCCGGCCUGGCCGUCUAGUCAUUAGUCUCGUAGCUCCGUAGCCCCGGCAGCUACAGCUCGUAGCACGCAGUCUGCAGCUUGGCUCUCGCGAGAGAGUCGUAGUGUCUUGCUACUGUAACGCGCUGACCACGCUCCGGACUCACGCGCCGUACUUGGUCAGCGCGUUAGCGUCAUGUUAUGUAGAAUGUACGUAGUUGUCGUUAGAUUUUACAUAUUUUUUGUUAAAUCAGCGAAUGUGAUAAAUAAAUGAUUGCAAUACUUA